AUGGCUGCAGAGCUACUGAAAGGCGUUGAGAGCGCCAUGAAAGGUGACGACAUGCUGGACGAGGAUCUCCCUGGCGACACUGGCGGGUCGGCGCCCACGCGGGACGACCACGUAAAGGCCGUCGCCAAGGCUAUGGCCAAGGGCAAGAACCGUGAGAGGCCCAAAGAGGAAGUCAAGGAAGAAGAGCAGCUGCCCCAGAAAGAAGGCGAGAAGGUGGUGGAGGAGAUGUCAACGAUUGAUGCUCUCGACUGCCUUGGACUUUGCCCGGCUAACUUCGAGUGGUUCGAGCUGAACGUUGCAAAUCCGCCAGAUGAGAACUGCGGCAUUUGCCACUAUCGGCUGUCUGACGGCUACCGAUGUGGUGGUGGCACCCAUUAUGUAUGCAUGGGGUGUAUUGAUGCUUACAAGACUAGACAUACAUCCUGA